CCAGCCCCGCACCCAAAGUAUAACUAGAAAAACGGAAUCUUCUCCCUUCUCUCUCCUCCAUCUUUUCCCUAAAACUAUUUGUCGCUCUCCCCUUUCUCGUAUUUAGCCAUCAAAUCAAACUCAAAAUCCGUUCCAUUUGUUUCAUCAUUAAAGUUUCUCAACUUAUGGAAAGUACUUUCUAUCGCUACUCUACUGUUAUUUGAACUUUUUAAGCCGUUCUAGAGAAGAGGAGUUUUUGCAAUUGUGUGUAUGCCUUUUUUGUUGUUGUUGAAUGGCGAUGGACGAUAACGAGAGUUGCGGAAGCAGAGCGAUGGAGCCGUCGUCGCCGAAACAAAAUCGGCUACAUAGGCAGAAGCUUGAAGUGUUUAACCAAGUGCUUACUCGACUACAGGAUUUGAAUCUCGAAGAGGUUAAACUCCCUGGCUUUGAAGAUCACCUUUGGCUUCACUUCAAUCGCCUCCCUGUUCGAUAUGCAUCGGAUGUGAAUGUGGAAAGAGCAGAAGAUGUGCUCAUGCAUAAGAGAUUACUGGACCAAGCAGAGGAUCCUGCGAAUAGACCUGUCUUUGAUGUCCGCCUUGUGCAGGUUCAGCCCAUGUACAAUGGAGUUUCAACCAAUACGGUUGAUGUAAAUUCUUCAGUUAAAGAUGAAAUCCCAAGCAUUCAUCCUCCUCCAACAUUUGGUUCAUCACCAAAUCUUCAAGCCCUUGAAAUUCAUGAUAAUAAAGCUCAUGUAAAUCAUGGAGAAAGUGAUAUUAAUUCUACUUCGCGGUCAACCAGGCCAAUGCACGAGAUUACUUUUUCAACAGUUGACAAACCAAAAACGCUCACUCAG